AUGUCAUCAAAUCUGUGGACAUGUAUUAACUGUACGCUAAUUAACACGAGUAGUGAUUAUUAUUGCAAAGCCUGCGGAAGGCGCCAACGCCGCGGCACCGGUACUUCAAAUGGUGUCCAGUAUUACACGCCUACUAUUACUCCACCCCCUCGACCACCGGUGCCUAAGGGGAACUGGACGUGCAGUCGGUGUACGCUAAGCAACCCUAUCACCAGCGACAGGUGCGCCGUGUGUUUUCUGCAUAGACUGGACAGUCGCUCGCAUACCGGCCCCCAAAAUGGUGUUACUAUUAAUGGCCAUACGAAUGGGUCAACCGUAGGACUCCUUAUGAAUACGCUUACGAUUAAUGACCAGAGGGUGAGGGCCGGUAGCAAAAGUGGUUGGACUUGUCAUGUGUGCACAUAUCAGAACCCGAACACCAUUACCAUCAGGUGCCAGAUGUGUCAAACAGCUAAGAGAACUGUAGCUCAAGCAGCACCUGUAGUAAAUAUAGCUCCGGUAGCUCCAGUGACUCCAGUAGCUUCUGUAGUGACUCCAAGUAAGCCUCCAAAAGUGAAACACCAGUCAACGCCUAAACCCACGAGACAUACCGUUCCCUCCAGUUCCCACAAUAGCCUUAAGCGAUAUAAGUCUAUAUUCAACGAGACGUUACAUAAGAAUGAGGAACGGGAGGCCAGACAGCAAUGGCAACGGAUAGUUACCUACUGUCGUAGAUAUCGCAUCAAUUUCGUGGACGACUCCUUCCCACCCAUACCUAAGUCCCUAUAUUAUAGAAACAGCGCACUGGUAGCCAAAACCGGUAACCCUGUCACCCAAUGGCUCAGACCUGAUAUGAUAAUCAGCGAUAACAGCUAUACUACCGGCGCUCACAAGUGGUCAGUGUUUCAGACCCCGCAGGCGUCGGACAUAUCUCAAGGAGUUUUGGGUAACUGUUGGCUACUGUCGGCGCUGGCAGUGUUGGCUGAGCGCCCGGAGCUCGUCAAAAAGGUAGUCAUCACACGGGAUGUCUGUCCCGAGGGUGCCUAUCAGGUACACCUGUGCCGGGAUGGCAAAUGGAUUACCGUCUUGAUCGACGAUCUCUUACCGUGCGAUUCACACCGGCGUCUCGUCUACUCCCAGGCCAAGCACCGGCAGCUAUGGGUGCCGUUCAUCGAGAAAGCCGUCGCCAAAAUGUACGGCUGUUACGAAGCACUGGUAUCCGGUCGGGCGGUGGAGGGGCUGUCCAUAUUGACCGGCGCUCCCUGUGAUACCCUGGAGUUGGAAAGGGAUGUCAACUCUAAUGAACCGAUAGAUGAGGACCUGAUUUGGGCUCAACUGUUGAGCUCACGAAUGGCCGGCUUUUUGAUGGGCGCCUCUUGUGGUGGCGGCGCUCACAAUGUCUACACCGACAGCGCCUACCAGUCCGUGGGGUUGAGGCCACGACACGCCUACUCUAUACUAGACGUGCAAAACAUCGGUGCCUUACGGCUGGUGCGGUUACGCAACCCUUGGGGUCGGUUCUCAUGGAAGGGCGACUGGUCUGAUGGGUCGACCCUCUGGAACCCUGCCCUUCGGCACCAACUGAUGCCUGACAGCGGAGGGGACGGUGUGUUUUGGAUGUCGUUUCGCGAUGUCAUCAAAUACUUUGACUCAAUAGACAUCUGUAAAGUGCGGUCCAAUUGGAAUGAGUGUAGAAUUUCGGGUGUCUUUCCUCCCAGAGCUGGUGACCCGACCCACCAGACAGUGAUUGUGGUGACAGUGACUGAGGCGACGGAAGUGGAGCUCUGUGUCUACCAGUCCGGCCACAGGUCUCAAGAGUCCGUCAGAUCUAAAUUGGAUUUAUUUGUGUCGGUGUACGCCUUCAACGGACUGGUAGGUCGACUGAUAGGGCACAGUAAGCGACAGGUGAAGAGUUUCGUGUCCUGUCAUCAGAUACUGGAGCCCGGGAUCUACGCUAUCGUUCCCCUGGCCUUCAAUCACUGGCAUACGAGCAUUCAGACCACAGAAUAUCCGGAAUAUACACUCGCUAUUCAUAGCUCUAAACCUAUGCUCACGGAAAAGGUGUGUCCGCCCAGACAUAUCAUAGCCGACACUGUCAUAGGGUUAGCCGUGGCAGAGGGUAGGCGCCAUGAGUGCAAUGAAGGCGUUACCGCUUAUUACUUAACCAAACACUGGUCAGGACUGGUAGUGGUGUUGGAGAACCGGCACCCAAACAGUUACCUACAAGUGAUCUGCAAUUGUGUGGACAGUGUUAACGUCGUGUCCACCAGAGCUACGUUGAAAACUGUCGAUACUAUACCCCCUCUGCACAGGCAAAUAGUGAUUGUCUUAACACAGUUGGAGGGAACGGGCGGUAUAGUCAUCCACUAUCAGCUCACUCACCGAGUGUCACACACUCGGGGACUGGCAGAUUGGAGUACUAAAGGUACCGGUGCUGGUGAUUACAAUGGCCGGGACUGCGAACAUAUACCAGCCCUCGACCAGUCUGUUAGUGAACUCCAUUCCCCUCGUCCUCUAUAACAUUUGAAUUCAAAUAUAAUUUAAUUAAAAUAAACUUUUUUACGGAAAUAUUGUGAUUUUUAUUACUGUAAUAC